AUGGAACGACUUCCAACAAAAUCCACUGAAAGAAGUUCCACUGUUAGAUCUGUCUCCCUUGAUCGUCGACAAGAACGAAGUCCUGAACGUCUGUCUCGAGGAUCCUCUGAAAGGAGGUUACUUGCUAGGUCUUUGGAACAAGAUCGUCGCCAGGAACGGAAUGUGGAGCGACUUUCUAGGGAUGUGUCUGAAAGACGAUCCACUUCUAGGUCUGUCUCCUUGAAUCGUCGACAAGAACGAAGUGCUGAACGUCUGUCUCGAGAAUCCUCUGAAAGGAGCUUACUUGCUAGGUCUUUGGAACAAGAUCGUCGCCAGGAAAGGAAUGUGGAGCGACUUUCUGGGGAUGACUCUGAAAGACGAUCCACUUCUAGGUCUGUCUCCCAGAAUCGUCGACAAGAACGAAGUCCUGAACGUCUGUCUCGAGAAUCCUCUGAAAGGAGGUUACUUGCUAGGUCUUUGGAACAAGAUCGUCACCAGGAAUGGAAUGUGGAGCGACUUUCUAGGGAUGACUCUGAAAUACGAUCCACUUCUAGGUCUGUCUCCUUGAAUCGUCGACAAGAACGAAGUGCUGAACGUCUGUCUCGAGAAUCAUCUGAAAGGAGGUUACUUGCUAGGUCUUUGGAACAAGAUCGUCGCCAGGAACGGGCUAUGGAACGACUUCCAACAAAAUCCUCUGAAAGACGUUCCACUGUUAGAUCUGUCUCCCUUGAUCGUCGGCAAGAACGAAGUCCUGAACGUCUGUCUCGAGGAUCCUCUGAAAGGAUGUUACUUGCUAGGUCUUUGGAACAAGAUCGUCGCCAGGAAAGGAAUGUGGAGCGACUUUCUAGGGAUGACUCUGAAAGACGAUCCACUUCUAGGUCUGUCUCCCAGAAUCGUCGACAAGAACGAAGUCCUGAACGUCUGUCUCGAGGAUCCUCUGAAAGGAGGUUACUUGCUAGGUCUUUGGAACAAGAUCGUCGCCAGGAACGGACUAUGGAACGACUUCCAACGAAAUCCUCCGAAAGACGUUCCAGUGUUAGAUCUGUCUCCCUCGAUCGUCAGCAAGAACGAAGUGCUGAGCGCCUGUCUGGAGAAUCCUCAGAAAGGAGGUUACUUGCUAGGUCUUUGGAACAAGGUCAUCGUCAGGAACGGACUAUGGAACGACUUCCAACGAAAUGCUCUGAAAGACGUCCCAGUGUUAGAUCUGUCUCCCUCGAUCGUCGGCAAGAACAAAGAGCUGAGCGCCUGUCUCGAGAAUCCUCUGAACGGAGGUUACUUGCUAGGUCUUUGGAACAAGAUCGUCGCCAGGAACGGAAUGUGGAGCGACUUUCUAGGGAUGACUCUGAAAGACGAUCCACUUCUAGGUCUGUCUCCUUGAAUCGUCGACAAGAACGAAGUGCUGAACGUCUGUCUCGAGAAUCCUCUGAAAGGAGCUUACUUGCUAGGUCUUUGGAACAAGAUCGACGCCUGGAACGGAAUGUGGAAAUAAUUUCUCGGGAUGACUCUGGAAGGCGAUCCACUUCUAGGUAUGUCUCCCUGGAUCGUCGACAAGAACGAAGUGCUGAGCGCCUGUCUCGAGAAUCCUCUGAAAGGAGGUUACUUGCUAGGUCUUUGGCACAAGAUGGUCGCCAGGAACGGAAUGUGGAGCGACUUUCUAGGGAUGACUCUGAAAGACAAUCCAGUUCUAGGUCUGUCUCCAGGAAUCGUCGACAUGAACGAAUUUCUGAACGUCUGUCACGAGAAUCCUCUGAAAGGAGAUUACUUGCUAGGUAUUUGGAACAAUAUCGUCGCCAGGAACGGACUAUGGAACGACUACCAACAAAAUCCUCUGAAAGACGUUCCACUGUUAGAUCUAUCUCCCUGGAUCGUCGGCAAGAACCAAGUGCUGAGCGCCUGUCUCGAGAAUCCUCUGAAAGGAGGUUACUUGCUAGGUCUUUGGAACAAGAUCGUCGCCAGGUGCGGAAUAUGGAACUAGUUUCUAGGGCUGCCUCUGAAAUACGUUCUGCUGUUAUAUCUGCCUCCUUGGGUCGUCGACAAGAAGGAAGUGCUGAUCGUCUGGCUGGAGAAUCCUCUAAGAGAAGGUUACUUGCUAGAUCUUUGGCACAAGAUCGUCGCCAGGAACGGAAUAUGGAACGACUUUCUAGGGGUGGCUCUGAAAAACAAUCGACUUUUAGGUCUGUCUCCCUGGACCGUUGGCAUGAACGAAGUGCUGAGUAUCGUUCUCGAGAGUCGUAUGAAAGGAGUCUACUUGUGACAUCUUUGGAGCUAGAUUUUCGCCAUGUACGAAAAAUGCAACAGCUCUCAAAGGAUACUUCAGAGAGGCUAUCAACUACCAGAUCUGUCUCCCUGGAUCUUCGGCAAGAACGAAGAGCUGAACGUUUGUCUCGUGAGUCCUCUAGUAGGCACUCACUUGCCUGGUCUUCAUUGCUGGAUCGUCGCCAAGAGCGUAAUAUUGUGGUACACGCUGAAGAUUCUUCUGGGAAGCAUCGUUAUCAAUGGACUGCAGUUCGUUUGUCGAGAGACAUCUCACACAAGCGAUCAGUAAUUAAAUCUGAUCUAAUCAGUCUUAGUCAGCGGCGGAACGUGGAUCUGCUUCGGAAGCAAUCUCUUGUUAGACUAGCAACGUCUCUGCCUCUUUCGGGAGAUCGACUAAGUCGUCGUCUGCAGAAGGAGCUAACGCUGAGCUCUGGGCGACGACUCACGAGUUCCUCCUUAUUUAUGGAUAGAAGAACAGAUGCUGCUUCUGUUAUGAGUUAUUUACCAGCUGGUCGACAGAACCAGGCGGGCGACAUUGACGGAUCAGCAGUUUCAGACACCAGGAGUACCGCUGAUAAUACACGGGCAGCCGCCAUAUUCCUACCAAAGACUGAGUCCUUCAGCUGGGGACGCUUACCGCUCGACAUUAACCUCUGGAUCGCCACUAUCGUGUUAAUCCUGAUUCAAUGGAUGGACCACUCGCAGAAAGGGGUGCAGAGACACUGGAGUGUGGACGAAUCCGCGAGCGAGGCUUCGUCUGGGAAGAUGAACUGGGACGGAGUUGGCAGGAGCCUGUGGCAGCUGGCCGGGGGCGGCACCGCCUCCGCGCUGUCCGCCGCCUGAGCCGCCCCCGACGCCACCUCUCCGCCCCCCGACGCCGCCUCCCGCCUCGCCGCUAGUCGCCGCCAGCCGAGCCGUAGUGCAGACCCCAGCCGACGCUUCUAGGGACCACACUCGUAUACAAAGACGAGAAUAAAUUAUUUUUCUCUCAGGAAAAAAAACAAAAUAUUUUUAUUUCGAGGAUAAAGUGUCUGUUCACUGAUUUGUAACGUCAGACUUUUAUCGAUCUGUUACUGUGUUAAUCGACAAUGUAUUUUACAGUUCGUUGUAGUGUAGAACCAAGAAACGUAGUUAAUAUUCAGAUUACGAGUAGUUCGUGUAACGCUAGCUAGAACAUUCCUGUAUAUUCCACCUGUAUACUGCUGUGACAAAUUCUCCUGUACCUGUCAUGUGGUAAAUACGACAACAUUAAACGGUA